UCUUUGACACUUAUUAUUGUGUUUUCCAGAUGGAGCACCCUCAUCUUACUUUGUUGCACAGGGAGAAUUUCAUUUGGAGUUUGUCAAGUUUUACCCUCCUGGAACCAUACAUCAGUGUAUUGGAUGGAGAUCCUCUUCAGGAGGUUGUGAAGUCUGUCAUUCAUCAGUAUAAGAUCUCUGUGCUCCCCAAACACCCCAGUUUCCGCAAGUGCAUUAACCAUGGUGAUUUCAAUGACCUCAAUAUACUCGUGCAACCUUGUGAGAGCGACGGCUACAGGAUUUCUGGCAUCCUUGACUUUGGGAACUUGAACAGUGGCUACUACAUCUAUGAGCUAGCCAUCACUGUCACCUACAUGAUGAUAGAACACCCUAGACCCAUUGAGGUGGGUGGACCUGUCCUCGCAGGCUGGGAAAGUGUUCUUCCCCUCAAUGAGGCAGAGAAAGAAUGUCUAUAUGUGCUAGUGCUGUCCCGUUUCUGCCAGUCGUUGGUUAUCGCUCGUUACGCUGUGACCUUGAAUCCGGAAAAUAGGGAGUAUCUGAUGACUACCUCCAAGAAGGGAGUCCACAUUCUCCAUCAACUGUGGGAGCUUGGAAAGGAGCACGUGGAGAAGGUGUGGUUUCAGAGUGCUGCUCAGUUCAGUGAUGGAAAGUGAGAAAUAUGUGAGAAAACAUUUCUUAAUGAAUAUGAUUUAACUCAGCCUUUGAAACAAAUCAAGUAUAAUUUUAAGAUCAGAUUAUAUCUGUCUAGCACAUUCAUGUAUCUCUGUGAACAGAAUUUGAUGUUUGUGGAGCAGGAAGGUUCACAUAACAUCUUUAAAGAUACUAAACUCAGGAGCGUCUGGGUCCUCACAAGAUACAUGGGUGCCAUGUGUCUGUACUGUAGGUAUAUUUAGUAUAUACUGUAAUUUGUGCUGGGAAUGAAGUGUGGAGGAGUAGGAAACCUAAGCUACACUGCAACAGUGUCCAAUGUUUCCUUUCUGAAAGAUCUUGUGCCUCAAGUAAUUUUAAUCUGUUAGCAAAGCAAGCAGUGAAAUUUGAUCCUCAGCUCACACAUCAGAUAAAUUGUAAGAACUGGGUUUAGACUGGCAGUUGUGCACAGAAUAUGAAAUUCUGUUUUGCUUGGAGAUUGACUUCAAAUCUUGAAAUGUGUUUCUAAUGUUUUACUCUGGUCCAGAUGUUAAUCAUUUACUACUUUUAUACCAUUCCAAUUAUCUCAAUAAACAAA